UGUUUUCUUCGGGCGCUGACUUCACCACACAAAUGGACAUUUCAGUCGCUAAUCCUUCUGUGUGGGACACACAAAAAGUGUAUAAACACCACGAGCAACAAAAUGUUGCCCAAACACGCGCAAAAUACAGAGAGGGAAGACGCCAAAGAGCUGUUAAGGUAUACACCAUCAACUUGGAGUCUCGGUUCCUGCUAGUUCAAGGAGUGCCCGCUAUUGGAGUGAUGGCAGAGCUGGUGCAGCUCUUUGCUCUCUAUGGAGUGGUCGAGGAGUACAGGGCACUUGAUGAAUACCCAGCAGAGCAGUUCACUGAAGUCUACUUAUUUCAAUUCCAGAAGCUGACAAGUGCAAGGAUAGCUAAACGGCGUACUGAUGAAAAGAGCUUCUUUGGGGGUCAGCUGCAUGUCUGCUAUGCCCCCGAGUACGAAACUGUGGAAGAGACGAGGCAGAAGUUACAGGACAGGAGGAGAUAUGUUAACAGAGCAAGCCAAAACACAGCAAAACAAUACGAUCAGCAGUCGGAAGUAAGCACAGAGUCAUCGAGCACGGACACACGAGCAUCUGCAGCUCCUGAGAUCCAGAAAGACUUUCCAAGCGCCAGAAGGGAGAAUGUAAAGUCUGACUACUUGGGCUUUCCCGAGCAGCCUUUGCCCCCAACGGAGGAUGUUUCUUAUAGACUUCCCAAUUUUACACAGCCAUUUCAAUUGCAGUGGACCACUAAAACAACAUUACCUACAGAGGAUAAGAUGGGCUCUCUACAUAAUUCCAUCCCUCCUGUCGCAGAAACGUCAAAGCAGAGUGCGUCAUCCUCGUCUUCAAGUGUUAAAGAGGGAGAUUUGAGUAAAAGGCAGGAGAACCUGUCACAACCUGUUAGAUUUAUGCCAAGGAUUACACAUUUAGAAAGUAGAAAAAGAAAAUUGGAGGAAACCGUGUUCUUUUUGAGUGAAACUGAGACUCUAAUUGGCCCAAAAUUACCAGAGCUGCCCAAGGUGGACAUGGAGGAUCAUUCAUUAAAUGUCACCGCCAAUUUGAUCCGUCAAACUAUGACUAAGGUCACAUCUGUUCCAGAGGUCAAACCUGUACAAGUAAAGACCACUACUGCAAAGCCACGCAGAAGAAUUUAAUAAGACAGCUGUGGUCUUACAUUGAACAAUAUUUUACAGCCACAAUUUUUUGACAAACCUUUUUUUUUCAUGUACAAAAUUCAGUGGUUCUUUUCAAUGUUCAUGUGGUUCCUGGAAUGCAUGUUGCUCAAAUAACAGGAUUCUCUGCCAAACAAAUGAAAAAAAACAA